CUAGGCGAACCGGACGCGCCACUUCAGGCGCAAUGAAGCAGCUCCACAAAGUUAAAACACCAAACACACUUCCACUUACUUCAGAACUGCUCAAAACAUCACGCUUUACUUACCACACGGCAAGCUGAUUUCGACUUCAACCGAAUUCUUUCUGAACUCCUGUGGCUUUUUCUCUCAGGCCAAAGUAGCUGUGUGUUAACGCGCGCGAGCCGGAGUGUGAGGUCCCAGGCCCCAGGUGGAGAUGCUCGUGUUGAACGUUACCACGUGACCGCUGAGCUGCGAGACACGGUGUCGCUGACCUUGUAACCAUGGACGUACCACGUCAAGUCCAAGGCACCCCGCGUCUUCACUACAGACUCAACGGCUACCAGCAACCUAAAGAUGAUGGCUUACAGUUUCUUAGUGUGGAGGAAAAGGAGUGUAUUCUGUUCUUUGAGGAGACUAUAGACUCACUAGAGGAGGGUUUUGAUGAUACCACAAGAUUGACCUCACGAAGAACCGCUCCUGCUGAGAACCUUCAGACUCAAUCUCAUUCACCGUUAAAUCCUGCCAUUGCUGCAAAUGUUUCCCCCAGCGUAAUGGAGCAUGACAUCAUUGACUUGGUCCAUUCUCCAUCUAACUUCACUAUGCCAGAUUUUCAGAACCUUGCUGUACCACCAGAGUUUCAUUAUGAAAUCCUACCAAAAAAGGAUCCUAAUGAGAGUGUCGUCCCAUCCUCGACUGCAAGCUGUAAUGAUUAUGAGGAGAACAACCACCAGCCUCCUCCGGGAUCCGUUCCCACACCCGUUGUCAUAGCCAGCAAGAUCGCCGAGCACCAGGGCACUGGCGGAAUUACUCCAUCCACACUAUUAGGCCACAGACGCAGCCUAGAAUCCAAACGUGAGCAUCCAGUGUCUGCUAGGAACCCCCGUCUCCCCAGCAAAAUCAGCAUGACUCGGAGCACACGAGACACCAGCCCUCACUCAAUUGCCACGGCAGCUGUCAACAUUCAGGAACGCCGCUCACAGGUGUUUGCUAACCUGCCUGCUGGCAGCCACCCACUAGAGGGGGGAGAACCUUCCUGCAUCCGCAACUUGCCCAUACGCAGCGUGUCGUUCAAAGAUACGGCACCUGAGAGAUCCAGGAUUGAGGCAUUGUCCAAGCUUGGGCUAACAGGGGGCAAAACAGCUAAUUUGACACCCAACUAUGGUAUUACAGGGAGCAGCAAUAUUUCACCUAUCAGCAGCCCUAACAAAGUGAACAGCAGUGCUAAUUCACCUAACAGCAGCCCUAACAAAGUGAAUAGCAGUGCUGAUUCACCUAACAGCAGCCCUAACAAAGUGAACAGCAGUGCUAAUUCACCUAACAGCAGCCCUAACAAAGUGAACAGCAGUGCUAAUUCACCAAUCAGCAGCCCUAACAAAGUGAACAGCAGUGCUAAUUCAGCUAGUAACAGUGCUAACAAAGUGAGUGUCAACACACAGGCUCAUAUUUCUAACAACAUCCAUACUUCAAGUAACAUCUAUGAGCCAAAACCCAAGAGUGAAGUCUCUUCCAACAGCUUUAACUAUUAUGGGGGAAAGGGAAAAUCUGCAGCGAUCUCACCUAUGAAUAAAGACACUGCCGCUAUUGUAAACCAAGAAAGAAGGUCUAGCGUCCCACCUUCAAGUGCUGAAUUGAAACAGACCGACUUUAACAGCUAUGGGGGUAAGACCACCAUUUUGAAUCCCACAAAAAGUGUCAAGGAAGAGUCCGUCCCUUCCUCCUCUACAAACUUGUCUGAGCCAGCUGAAACCCAUUUCAACAGUUACGGUGGCAGAUCAAAAGUUAUAAAUCCUUUGUUGAACACAGACGUACCACACGGGGUGGAUUGCACUCAUAGCCACUCACCAACUAAUGCUCUCACACCCACCACGCAUCACAGUCACCCCACCAGAUCAAGACAGCCAUCCGAUCAAACCAGCUAUCAUGCUACACCCAAAGCUCCAACCCCUUUACAGCCUGACCCAGUUCACCAACCUAUAGUCAGGACCAGGCCUGCAACGCUGCCUCCUCCAACAGCCCCUAGACCCCACUAUUCCUCUGGAUCUGUAAGACCUCGUCCAGAUCUGGUUCCUCCAGAGAUCCUCAGUAAACCUGCACCGUCAUUCCGCGCUCAAGGCAUCACAGUACAGUUUUCUGGCAAAGGAACAACAGGAGAAGCCAGGCGAGAUGCUUUGCGCAGACUUGGACUGCUAAAGAACACACACUAAACACAGUACCUUUGAACAUUAUUUCCUGAAACCCAUUUUAACAAAAAGUCUGAGGAACUAAAGGCAAAAAAGUUUAAACAGUUGUCCUUGAUAAUGGAGCUCAUCGACUGCUAUAGUAUUAUUUUCUAUUUUGAAAAUAUGUAAUCUGUCAUAGUUAUUUGAAUUAUAUCUAAUCUCAUGGAAAUGUAUUUAAGAUUGUAUAGUGCUUAAGAGUUGAUACUUUGCUAUUCAACAAACCACCAACUAUGACACAGGCUACUUAUUUAGCCAGUCUAAGGAAAAAGGCAGACCUUUUUUUGUGAUUUCUGAGACAAGUUGGACUGAUGUAUAUGCAUGGCAUUUAGCCCACGUGCCAAAGUGACUUGCACUUAUUUCAUUUAUUCAGUUGAGGAUUAAGCAUCUUGCUGGAAGGUCCAGCAAUGAUAUCUUGACAGUGCUGGGAUUUAAUCCGUCCAGCGUGAAGUCCGGGAUCUCUGAGCUACUGCUGCCAUAGCGUUGCUUGUUGGAAAUUUUCUCUACAACAACCACUACAACAGUGGUAUACAAUGCAAGAAGGAUCACAGUGCCACAGGCCAAAUAUGGUUGUUCCCUAGCAAUCUCUGAGCACCUGAAUGGCCUCUUGGUUGACAGUACAUUGAGCAAUGUCUAUAGAAAUGAAGUUACACACAAACAUUGUAGUGAACAUGAGCGAAGUCUCCUCUACUGAUCUGGUAGUGGGUGAACCACAUCUGGGCUGGACAUUUGGAUAAUACGCUAUAAAGGACCAUGUCACUGAUGAUCUUUUACCAGAUGUUAUGCAGAAACCACACCAUUCAGAUGUAACACGUUUACGCCUGUCAACUCUCAGUUGAGUUAUUUCUCACAAUCGGGCCUGAGAUUAACCUUUUAAAGACAGCAAUUUGUCAACAGUUCUCAGCAUUUUGAAGCACAAUUGAUAAACAAUGAAUCUGCAGAUUCCAGCUCCUUGUUUAGAGUUGGCUUCUUUAUGCUGUGCUCAUGUCCGCAGGAUAUUUUUAAACGGGACGGCAGCAUCUCCCACACUAAACCACAGCAAUCCAAAUGUAGCCUCUAUAGAUGAGGGUGGUGAUGGAAAAUAUAUUUUUUCCCCUCUUUUUUGGUUCUGUUUCUGUUUGGAUUGGCACCCUUUUAUUCUGGACUUUUUAACUCUGAAUUGAAGUCUUUAAUAUUUGCUGCAGCUUUAUUUUCAGUUUAGACAAUGAUUUAAGUAUAUUCAGUGAUUUGUGUUGUAUAAGGAGUUUGUGUGCAGAAGUAUGUGUAAGGAAACAUCUUUGUGACAAUGCAAGUGUGUGUGCAUUUGUAUGUAUGAGUGUGUGUCUGUGUGUGUGUGUGGAAUGUGUUGAAUGAUGUAUGUAUGUUUUUAUUAUUAUUUUUAUUUUUAUUGUAUUUAUUUUUUAAAUACUGACUCCGGUUUUUUGUAGCAAUUCUACAAACAUAAUUGAAGGACCUAAAACACAAGGUUGUGUCUUUGCCUACAUGCACACAACACACAAACACACAAAGCAAACCAAUCUUAAUAUCCAUUUUUCAUUUUAUUUCAGUCUUCACAAAUGGUGCCACUGCAAUAAGAAACAGAACCAUAAGCCUUGUUUUCUUUUACGUUUUUCCUCCAUUUAAAUAACAUGUCUACUUUGAGCUAUUUGUAUUGUCAAUUCUAAGUUAUAAAGUUAUUCCUGUAUCUCAGCCUGCUAUUUUUUCUGUGAAUAAAAGCAGUUUCUCACCCUCA